AUGAAAUUCGUUGCCGUCGCUCUCUGUGUAGCCCUGAUCGUGGCCGUGUUGGAAGCCCACCACCACUCCGGCACCCACCCCACCCAUCAUCCACGUCACGCCCGUGGUGCCGGCUUCUCCCAUCCACCACACCACCACUCCGGCACCCACCCAACUGGCCACCCACGCCCACCACGUGGCGCCGGCUUCUCUCAUCCACCCCACGGCUCUCGCCCUACCGGCCACCCACGUCACCCACGUCACGCCGGCUCUCACCCCACCGGCCAUCCACACCACAAGCCAACCUCGCCAAAGCCACGCGGUUUCGUCCAAAAGUUGAGAGAUUUGGUGCACUUGUAA